UCAGUCUUUUUCCAUCAUUUCCAUCGUUAAGAUUUGGUUGGAUGCCUGUCGUGAUAUGCUAAGAUGGCACCAUUUGGAAAGAUAAAGACAUGAGAGAGAUAUUAUUUAUAAACAUAUACUAACAGUGUCAAUGCAUGUAUAGAAAUGAUAAUAAUAAUAAGUAAAAAGGCUAUACAACUACUCAUUCAUAGUCUUUAUAGUCUAUGCUCCUACCUACACUCCAGAGGCUCUAAAAGAGCAGAAUUAGUAUCUCUCUACAAAUUCUGUACGUCUUCCUUUUCUGUUUCAAAAGUUUUCUUGGAAAUCUGCAGGGCUUUGUGAAAGUAAAAAUGGAGUUCUCAAGUUACUGAGACCAAGUAAUGUUUUUGUUUUUUUUGGAGUACCCUUAAGGAUUAUUUUAAUCAAGUUGUGGUUUUUACUACUGUUUUUGAUGCUCAAAUAAGAUAGAAGCUGAAGCUGAAGUUAAAAGCAGGCAAGAUUCAGAAGAAGAAGUUUGAAAUGGGUUCUUGUAGAAGUGAAUUUGAAGCUAAUGGUUUACUGGAAAUAUUGUUUUCUUGGUGUAUAGAAGACAUAUGUAACGCUGAUCUCUACAAAUAUAAGGUUGAAAGGAUACCGGAAUAUUUUCAUUCAGUUGAUCAAUAUCUUAGCUCAUUUACGUAUCCUUUAAUUGAAGACACUCGUUCUGAGUUGUGUUCGAUGGUGGAUUUAAUUUCAGAGUUACCAUAUGCUGAAGUUAUUUCGAUAGAGAAGUCCGAGAGCGUUAGCUACGACCUCAAGGCCGGUUGUUGGAGAAAUACAUAUGUUAGAAGUGGCAAAAAGCCGUAUAAGCCAAAUCAAGGGGACCUUUUGCUUUUGUCUGUAGAUUUGGUACCUAAAUCUGUCUAUGAUUUAGAGAGUAAAAAGACAUGGUCUUUCGCCUUGGUCACUGAUGUUGAAGGGGUGGAUGAUGACAUGCUAGUUACAAAUUGUAAGGUCCAAACGUCAAAAACCAAUAAGAUUAGUGAGGGCAUGCAGAACUCACUUUUUGCCGUGUUUCUUACAAAUGUAACAACCAGAACUAGAGUUUGGAAUGCAUUGCACAUGUCCAAAAACAUGGAAAUCAUCAGUGAAGUUUGGGUAUCACAGGUUAAAGAAGAUUGCAAUCUCUGCUCUUCUCAAGGUUGUAGUAUUUGGCCUGAAAUAGAUGGUGCGGAAUCAUUAUCAUUUGAUCUUAACGAGUCCCAAAAGGCUGCAGUAGCGGGUUUAAUAAAAUCAGUGCAGUGCAAUCACAAACCAUCCGUUGAACUUGUUUGGGGUUCACCAGGGACGGGAAAAACUGCAGUUGCAAGCAUCUUGCUAUAUGCACUUCUAAAAAGAGACUGCAGAACACUUGCAUGUGCUCCAACUGAUGUUGCAGUGGCAGAGUUUGCACGGUGUUUCCUAAAGCUUGUUAGAGAGCCUGGCGAACUGUACCUGAACAAGAUUAAUUCCGCAUGUUCUUUGGGAGACUUACUCUUAUUGGGGAAUGAUAAUAGUUUAUGUGAUUAUGAUGAUUAUUUCAAGGAGAUUGAUUUAAACUAUCGAGUCGACAGAUUGCUAGAGUGCUUCUCUCCGCUGACCGGUUGGACCAAAUGUUUUAAAGACAUGAUAGAUUUUCUUGAAAAAUGUUCGUCUCAGUAUCAUGCUUUUCUAGAGAAGGAAUCUGCGGGAGUGUUUGAAGUUAAGAAGAAACUAGAGAUCGACUGUUCAUUUCUGAAAUUCACGAGAAAACAGUACCGAGCAUUUGCAUCAACCCUUAAAGAAUGCGUCAGCGUUUUAUUGAACCAUCUGUCUAAUAGGUUUAUUGUGCAAAAUAAGUUUGAGAACAUGGUUAGGCUUCCUUAUCUGCUCGAAUCUUUUGAUAAUUUGCUGUUUGAAAAUGAUAUUGUUGAUGAUGAGCUAAAGGCAGUCUUUGCUCGUCUGCAAAUAGACGGUACCAUAGAGACACUUGGAUGUGAUGCAUUUCGGUCUUGCACUUCAAGCACGCUGUACAACUUGAUAAGCCAAUGUGUUGGUGUUCUAAGAUCUCUCUGGCAUUCUCUUCAUGGCUGCUUUCAAGAUUUGAAGGACAGAAAUUCGGUGAUAAACUUUUGUUUUCAAAAUGCUUCGCUCAUUUUCUGUACAGCAUCUAACUCACAUUGUCUGCAUAAUAUGGAAAUGGAACCACUUGACCUGCUGGUUAUUGACCAAGCUGCUCAGCUGAAAGAGUGUGAAUCGGUGAUACCUCUACAAAUUAAAGGCAUACAACAUGCUGUUUUAUUUGGAGAUGAUUUUCAGCUUCCAGGGAUAGUUAAUAGCAAGGUUGCUGAUCGUUCUGGGUUUGGAAGGAGUUUAUUCGAAAGGUUGAGUUCUUUGGGUCACUCAAAACACCACCAAAAUAUCCAGCACAGAAUGAUUCCUGAAAGCAAUUAUUUUCCAAGUUCCGUCUUUUAUGAAAGUGCAAUUUUGGAUGCUCCAAAUGUUUGUUGUAAAAGUUAUGGAAAGCAGUAUCUUCCAGGACCAAUGUUUGGUCCCUACUCGUUUAUAAAUAUUUCCGAUGGAAGAGAGGAGCUAGACGAUGGUGGUCAUAGCUGGAGAAAUUUGGUGGAAGUAGCAAUUAUUAUGAAGAUAGUGCGAAACCUUUACAGAGCAUGUCAAGGCUCCAAACAUAAGCUAGAAAUUGGGAUUAUAUCCCAGUACGAUGCUCAAGUCAGUACACUACAAGACAAGCUUUUAGACAAGUAUGAGAACUUUGUGGGUUUUACGUUGAGGAUAAAGACUGUUGAUGACUUCCAGGGUGGUGAAGCAGAUAUUGUGAUAAUAUCUACUGUAAGAUGUAAAGGCAGUGGUUCUAUUGGGUUGCAUCCUCGGUGUUGGAAUGUUCUGACAAGGGCUAGGCACUCUGUUUGGAUACUGGGAAAUGAUAAAUUCCUAUCAUAUAGUGGAUCUUUUGGGAGAUCAUUAGUCCAAGAUGCUAAAAACAGACAAUGCUUCUUUAAUGCUGACGAAGAUGAAGAUCUUUGUAAAGUGAUUUUGGACGCUAAAGAACAGCUGGACCAAUUAGAUGAUCUGCUUAAUGAGAAUAGCAUACUCUUUAAGAGUUCAAGGUGGAAGGUUCAAUUUAGUGAUAAAUUUAAGAGGUCUUUUCUGAAGUUGAAAUCCUGCCAAACGCAAAAACUUGUUAUUGCUUUAUUGCUUAAGCUCUCUAGUGGAUGGCGACCGAAAAAGCUUAAGAUAGACUCCCUUGAUAGAAGCUCAUUGCUUGUGAGACAGUUCAAGGUGCAAGGUGAUCUUUACAUUGUUUCUACCGUUGAUAUUGCCAAGUGCUUAAACUACACCCAAGUUUUGAAAAUAUGGGAUGUAUUACCGCUUGUGGAGAUACCAGCACUUCUCAGGCGUCUGGAAAGUGUUCUCUGUAUGUACACUAGUAAUUUCAUCAGCCAGUGUAACCGAAAACAUAUUGAGGGGAAAUUGGAAGUUCCUAUGAUCUGGAGUUCUCUUGGAGAUAUUGUUCGAUAUAAGAAAUUUAGGACUGAAGUCGGUUGCUUCUCAGGCAUGGGAGAAUCUGAUGAAGAAUGUCACCUUGAGAACUCGAAAGUUAGAGAUAGUUUGUUACUGAUGAGAUUCUACUCGUUAUCUUCUGGUAUCGCAAGCCGUUUGCUUUGUGCUAGUGACGGAAAAGAACUCGAGCUUCCAUUUGAAGUAACAGAUCAAGAAUCAGAUGUUAUUGUUUUCCCAGAAAGUACAUUUAUUCUUGGAAGGUCUGGGACAGGGAAGACAACUGUUUUGACUAUGAAAAUGAUUCGGUUGGAGCAACACCACUAUUUCUCUUCAGAAGGAAUUUUUGAAAUGGAGAGUAAUGCAUUGAUAUGUGCUCCUUCCAUGAGUUCAAUUACAGAAGUGUCUAAAGAUCCUGUGUUACGGCAAAUUUUUGUGUCCGUUAGCCCUAAGUUGUGUACUGCUGUGAAGAACCAUGUUGCCAACCUAAAAAGUUUAAUUUACGGAGGAUACUCUUCAGCUGAAAACAGUGCAACCAGUAUGUUUGAUAUGGAUGACUCUACGGAAUUCAGGGAUAUACCAGAUAGUUUCUCAGACAUUCAACCCGACUGCUAUCCUUUAGUGAUUACUUUUCGCAAAUUCUUGAUGAUGCUUGAUGGAAGCAUGGAAAAUUCUUAUUUCGAUAGAUUUCGUGAUGUGCGUGAACUUUCUCAGGGUACAACAAGUGCCACAAGGACGUCUUCCAUGCAUGCUUUAAUAAGAUCGAAGGAAGUCAAUUAUGAAAGAUUUCACUCAUUUUACUGGUCUCAUUUGAACUGCCAAUUAACUAAGAAUCUUGAUUCUUCGGUUGUUUUUAUUGAGAUUAUGUCACAUAUUAAAGGUGGGGUGAUUGGUGGAAGGGUUCCUGAUGGUGCACUUACCCGAGACGAUUAUCUGUUAUUGUCUGAGGGACGGGUGUCUACUUUAAACAGGGAAAUGAGAGAAAUAGUUUAUGAUAUUUAUCUUGAUUAUGAAAAGAAGAAGCUUUUGAAUGGAGAGUUUGAUUUGGGUGAUUUAGUCAUUGAUAUUCGUUGUCGACUGAAAAAUGGGUUUUAUCAGGGUGAGGAAAUGCAUUAUGUGUAUAUCGAUGAGGUCCAAGAUCUUACAAUGAGACAGAUAUCUCUUUUUAAAUAUAUCUGCGAAAAUGUUAUGGAAGGAUAUGUUUUCUCUGGUGAUACUGCUCAAACUGUUGCUAGAGGCGUAGAUUUUAGAUUCGAGGAUAUUCGAUCUUUAUUCUAUAAUGAGUUCAUUUUGGAUUCAGAAAGUAACAGAAAGGUUAAAGGCGAAAGGAAGAAAGAUAAAUGCCGUAUUUCAGACACAUUUCAUUUGAAUCAAAAUUUCCGAACUCACACUGGUGUGCUCAAGUUAUCGCAGAGUGUUCUUGAACUUCUUUAUUACUUUUUCCCGCUCUCUGUGGAUAAAUUAAGUGCUGAGACCAGCCUUAUAACUGGAGAGGCUCCAGUUUUGCUGGAGUCUGAGAAUCAGGUAAAUCCAAUUUUAACCAUUUUUGACAAUGGUGUUGAUGUCAGUGGCAGCAUAAUUGGGUUCGGAGCAGAACAAGUCAUUUUAGUACGCGAUGACUUUGUGAAAAAAGAAAUAUGCAGCCACGUUGGAAAGAAAGCCCUUGUCUUGACUAUAGUCGAAUCUAAGGGACUUGAGUUUCAGGAUGUUUUGUUGUAUAACUUCUUCGGAACUUCUCCUUUGAAAAAUAACUGGAGGCUAGUUUAUGGAUACAUGAAGGAAAAAAAUCUGCUUGAUUCCACGAACCUCGACUCCUUUCCAUGUUUUAGCAAGGGAAAACACAAGAUCCUCUGCUCGGAACUUAAACAGUUAUAUGUGGCUAUAACCCGGACAAAGCAGAGAUUAUGGGUCUAUGAGAAUAUAGAGGAAUUCUCAAAUCCUAUUUUUGAUUAUUGGAAAAAGCUCCAAGUUGUGCAGGUCAGAAUACUUGAUGAAUCACUGGCACGUGAGAUGAGAGUAACCAGCAGCAAUACUGACUGGAGCUUACGUGGAAUCAAGUUAUUUAAUGAGGGUAACUUUGAGAUGGCGGCAUUAUGUUUUCAAAGAUCUGGAGACUCAUUCAAGGAAAAAUGGGCGAAGGCUGCUGGACUUAGAGCUUCGGCUGAGCGUAUGCGUGGGUUGAAUUUUGAAUCGGCCCGUGUUGCACUCUUGGAAGCUGCUAGCAUUUAUGAAGCUAUUGGGAAGUUCGAGUUAGCUGCCAAUUGUCUGAUUCAGUCGAAGGAAUACAAAAGGGCAGGUAUGCUUUAUCUGGAGAAAUUUGAAGAAACUAAACUAGAAGAUGCUGGUGAUUGUUUUAGUUUAGCUGGUUGUUGUUCUACUGCAGCUGACAUAUACUACCGAGCUAACUUAUUUUCGAAGUGCUUAUCAGUUUGCACAAAAGGUAAGCUCUUUGAAAUGGGUCUGAAUUUCAUAAAGACAUGGAGAAAGAAUUCAAAUCUUGUUAUGAAUGCUGCCAAAACGCGAGAGUUAAGAGAUAUAGAACAAGCAUUUCUUGAGAAGUGGGCACUUCACUAUCACCAUGCGAAAGAUAUUAGUAAUAUGAUGAUAUUUGUCCAAAACUUCAAUUCCAUAGCCGUCAGACGGACUUUCCUGUGGGAGUGGAAUCAUCUCCAUGAGCUUGUCUUGUUAGAGGCAGAAACUGGUAACUAUCUCGAGGCUGCACGAAUUGCUAGGCUGAACGGAGAUCUUCUUCUCGAGGCAGAUAUGUUCGAAAAGUCUAGCCAUUUUGAAGAUGCAACGCGCAGUUAUCUUUCUCAUAUUCUUGUCAACUCAGCUUGGGGUAAAAGAAGCAAAGGAUGGCCCUUAAAGACGUUUACAAACAAAGAAAAACUUAUUUCAAAAGCGAAGCUGUUGGCAAAGAAGAAAUCAGAUUUCUGUUAUAGGUUCGUUCAUGUUGAGACGAGAUCAUUAUCUGACGAAGUUAGUAGCAUCUCAGAGAUGGGUCAUUGUUUAAUUGAUUCAAAGAGGGUAAAAAAUGGUUUAGCUGAAAUUAUCACUUGUCGCAAGAUUCUCGAGUUUCACUUGGUUACAGAGCUUACCAGUUAUGAAUGGAAAGAUUAUGUGGUAUUCGACCUAGAGAAUAAUGCAAAACAGUCAUUUUCCAAGAAUAGGGUAUCAGUUGAAACACUGGUGUAUGCUUGGAAUAUCUGGAAGUCUUGGAUGACAAGUAUAUUGGAGUAUCUCAAUUCUGUAGGAGAGCAUCAUGACAAAGACAGCGAAAGGUGCGAGGCUUUCUGUUUGAGUUACUUUGGCUUGACUAAAGUUGAGGUUAGAAACAGACCCAGUUAUCUUGUAUUAAACGGUAAUGCCUAUUGGACAAGAGAAGUUGAGAUUAGAUCACUUCGGAAGAUUGGUAAUUUGGUUGGUAUGGAUGUUCACCAGUUCGCUUCCGCUGCUCGAAACUAUUGGGUUUCUGAAGUAACAAGUCUUGGUAUGUGUGUGGUGGACAAGCUCAACUCCCUUCAUAAGUUAUCUGUUGAGAGGUCGUUCUCAAUCUUCAACCAAGGAAAAGCUGCUCUGUACCUCCAUACAGUUUCAAAAUGGUUUACUAGGUCCAAGUUACUAGUGGAAGAAAAUCUAUGGGCAAAGGAGUACAUGCUAUCUUGCAGGGCACAGUUCCUUGAACUUAUGUGCCCCAUGAACUCAAAGCUGAUAAUGGUGAAAAACUUGAAAGAUCUAAAAGGAACUGAGAUGUUCAAUGAACUAAUCUUGGGCGCUUUGUUUGAUAUUGUGUGGCCAAGUAGUCUGUCAAAUGGGAAAAUUGGGAAGGCUGUGAUGUUCAUGUUUGCAUCCGGGUGUCUAACUGAUAAACUGUGUGAAGUCAUUGAUGAGAAGUUUGAUCUAAAUCCACAUUGGCAAUUAUUCAUUGAGAAGCUUAAGCUUUACUUCAAUUCAGGCCAGAUACGUGAAUCCUUGCUGUCCGAGUUUCAAGAGGCUUUACGCGAUACCUUUAAUGUCAAUUGGAGGGAAGAAGUUGACUACAUUUCACCAUUCUGCUAUGUCUAUCUUCUUGAGCGCCUUCUUUUCAUUGAAUCGUCUUGCCAAGGAAAAUGCUACACUACAAAAUCUUAUUUCGUCGAGGCGCUGUCAUGCAAGAACUGGAAAAGUAUUUCAACUUCCUUCUACAAAUCUGGUUUUCAUGAAUCUUCCCGAGGGUCUUAUCAGUUUGUAGCAGGCAUGAUCGAAGAUAUUCUUACAAGCGAGGUGAUUUCAGAAUGGCUUGAGAAAACAAAUAUUCCGGCAGAGAACUGCAAUCUGCUAGUUCAAAGGCUAGUUAUCUUGCUUUGCCUUGUUUGCGUGAAUUGUGGGCAGCAUUUUGAUUUGCUAUACGAUCUUUUGGGUAGAUCUAAAAUUUCAUCUCAAUUGCCGCAUGCUUUCCAUGAGAUCAUUGUUUCAAGAAGGGAGAUUAGCUUCGAGAAUUUACUUGCUAAAGCACUUUUUACAAUUGAGAAUCCUCUGGUGAUUUUCAUUUGGGGAAACAAUCAUCCAGACUGUAUUCCUACAGAUUCCAUUGUCAUAGACAUGAAUGUCAACCGCCACAUAUACGACAUAACGAGGAUACUGUACUCAAGAAACAGAAAAUGUAAGGAAAAUGUGGUGGUUUCUUCUGAUUAUGGGAGGAACGGCGAAUGCUUUCUUUGUAAUGACGCUCUGGAGGAAGAAAAACAGUUCUUAGGUGAGGAAAAUGCUGAAGCAUUGACCAUUACUUCCAAUAUACCUCAGGCGAAGAUGGAGGUUGACGGAUCCAGUCUUGUUCUUGAUGCAGAUAUAACUGAAUGUGGUCAGAGCUGUUCUUCAGGGGGCGAAGUUGAGAGUCUGUCUAGUGCAGUUCUUGGGGAAACUAAACAACUUUCUUCUGCUGUUAGUGCAAGGGAAAAGGAACUAGAAGAUAGAAUUUCUAAGGAUGGUGAAUUUCUGAAAAAUAUGCAGAAGUUAGACCUAGGAUUAAAAACAUUAGCCUUGCCUAAUGAUACAAAUUGUCCUACUCUUGGGUGCUCGAAACAUAUUCCAUCUGAAAAGCCAAGAGACGACGAAGGGAAAAUGCAGAAGGAUGUUGUAGGCUUGUAGCCAUGUAGAUGGUAUUUUUUUGUUACUACAUUUCCCUCGGAAUACAUUCUUGUUAAAUACAUGUGAUUUUUGUUCUGGCAAGAAUUAGUUGGUUAAUCACGAGUCACAGCAUAGAAGCUUUGUGUUAAGAAAGAAAAAACAUAGCGGUUAACUUGCAUUUGUACCAUCACUAGCAAUGGUUAUGCUGUAAUUUUUAAAUUUUUUUUCUGGUUUUGUUCUUGCCAAUCUAGGCUCUAGGUUGAGACCUCCUUUUUCUGUUUGCCAGUACUCUUCCUGGUGACAUGUACCCUCAUCUCCCACGGAUUCUGAAAUGAUC